CAGUCGCUUUGGGCAUAACAGUCGCAAACACCGAGUAGCAGUGUACUUUUUGAUAACCAAUCAACAUGACUAUAGAGUAUGAUAAUAUUCUGGCCAAAGUUGGUCCUUUUGGGAAGUACCAGAAGAUUAUUUGUUUAACACUUUGGUUUGUGGCAAUCCCAUCUGCAUGGCAUGCUAUCGGACAAGUGUUUUUGGCGGCAAAAACAGACCACUGGUGUGCAGUGCCGGAAUACCUAUCACUCAACUGUUCUUUCCAACAAGAAGCGGAAGAGUGUUUGGAUGAGCAGAAAUUCAUUACCAUACCUUCUACUGUCAACAAAGAAGGAAAUGUCAUAUACUCGAAAUGUGAGCGUUAUGAGUUUGUACUGGAUGUCAACGCAACGUCUGGACACCAUGGGACACCAAUAGGGACAAUUAACUGCGACAUUGGAUGGGAAUACGAUCGAACUCAGUAUAAGACGACAAUCAUUCAGGAGUUUGACUUGGUUUGCUCCCGUGGGGACCUCCCUGGUAUUGCGCAAUCUGUCUACUUUGCUGGUGUCCUGUUUGGUUCUUUACUAUGGGGUGCUAUUUCAGACUGGAUUGGAAGGCGAACUGCAUUUUUCCUGACUCUUGUAAUGUCAUGCACAGCUACCGUUGCAACGAGUUUUGUGUCCAGCUUCACUUCGUAUACCAUUCUUCGCUUUAUCAUUGCCUCAGAUGGAAGUUACCUUAUCGCAUUUGUUUUAGUGACGGAACUUGUUGGACCCAAGAGUCGUACCAUGGUGGGAACCUUGGUAGCUGUUUUUUUCUCUAUAGGUUAUGCCCUACUAUCAUUAAUAGCAUAUUCAAUAAGAGAAUGGCGUCAUCUGCAAAUGGCUAUAUCGUUUCCACGGUUCAUUUUUUUCCUGUUGUUCCUAUUUCUGCCAGAGUCACCUCGUUGGCUGAUCAGUAAAAAUAAAUUACCUCAAGCAGAGAAGAUCACUCAUAAGAUUGCCAAAUACAACGGUGUAAAGGUUCCUGAUAAACUGAUUGUCAACCAAGACACUCCUCAAGAAGAGGUUACACACAGUUUCUUUCGUCAAGUGACCCAACUUGACCUCUUUAGAACCCCAAACAUGCGGAAGAAAACUAUGAACAUCUUCUAUAACUGGUUUGUGAAUAGUCUUGUAUACUACGGCCUUUCUCUAGGAACCUCUUCACUUGGUAUCGAUGUGUAUGUUGCUGCAUUUGCAUUCGGUGCAGUUGAGUUACUUGGCUAUUUAUCAAGUUGGUUUGUCAUUGAGAGAUUGGGGCGCAGACUUCCCCUCUUUCUCUACUUGCUUUCUGGGGGAGCAGCUUGUACAAUCUCCUCAAUCUUCCAACCUGGUGUAGCGAGGGCCUGUACAGCAAUGAUUGGUAAAUUUGCCAUCUCAGGUUCUUUUAAUAUCAUCUACGUAUUCUCAGCUGAGUUGUUUCCAACACCUGUUAGGAGUAUUGGGAUGGGUCUGUCGUCAAUGUUUGCCCGUAUUAGUAGCAUCUUAGCCCCGGUCAUUGUUAUCCUCAGCAAGCACUGGGAACCUCUUCCUCUAGUUGUCUUCGGAGUUUGCUGUUUAGUAGCGAGUCUCCUAUCACUUCUACUCCCUGAGACUCUAAACCAACAUUUGCUGGAAACAAUGAAGGAUGGCGAAGAGUUUGGAAAGAACAAAGGCUUUGAUAUGUCAGCCAUUUUUAAAGGCCCAUUUACACCGAAACCAACACCGUCAGGGAAUGAGCUGACAAAGAGAGCUGGGAAUUAUUCUAAGGUUUCAUCUAAGGAAAACCAGUCGACAGUUAAGGAAUCAACAACGGUGUAAAAUGUGUAUACAUGUACCUACAUCGUGGCUGAUCCACAGUCAAGCGCAUCGUGCAAGCUCUUUCAA